AUGGAUGAAGACAGUGCUGACAAUGAUGAUGAUGAAAGUGAAGAUGAAUGGGAGGACGUGGAAGAACUCCAGGAACCUGCCACAGAUAAGUUACAAGAAGCUGCUGUUCUUCCGGCAGUGGUGCUGCCAAGCAAUCCUGUCGAGAUAGAGAUUGAAACCCCAGAGCAGAUGAAGAACAGAGAAAGGAGAGAAAAAAGGAAAGCUGAAUUUGAGAUGUAUCUUCGGAGAAUGAUGAAACGUUUCAGCAAGGAGGUGCAUGAAGACACACAUAAGGUUCACCUCUUGUGUUUAUUAGCAAAUGGUUUCUAUAGGAACAGGAUCUGCAACCAGCCAGAUCUUCAUGCCAUUGGUCUAUCCAUCAUCCCCACCCACUUCACAAAAGUGCCUGCAGGCCAAGUGGACCUUGUCUGCCUUUCCAACUUGGUGAAAUGGUUUGUUGGAACCUUCACUGUCAAUGAUAAGCUUUCCACUGAAAAAGGAGAGGCCCUUCAGUCAGCCCUGGAGAGGCGCUUUGCCAUCUAUGCUGCACGAGAUGAUGAAGAGUUGGUUCAUAUAUUUUUAAUUAUUCUGCGAGCGUUACAGCUGCUGUGUCGCCUUGUGCUGUCUUUUCAGCCUAUUCCUCUCAAGGAGACAAGAGCAAAGGAAAAAAGCUCAUCCAAGAGGCAGUCUCUCAGCGGAACCUCUGAGGGGCACGAGAACUCUGCCACAACACCCAGAACUGUGGCAAGAAAAUGCCCUUGCAGAAAAGCCAAAGAGCAUGAAAAAUCCUCAGAGAGCGAAGAAGACAACAAGGAGCCAAAGAAAUGCAAAACUGCUCAGACCAAAAGGGCACGCAAGUCAAAGCUGACUACAGGUAGCCAGGAACAGAAGGAAUCUAGUAAUGAGGAGAGCACUUUAGCAGAAAAAGAUGUGCAUGUUAGGCCCAAGAACGAUCGCCGGAGACGAGUGGCCUCCAAAGUGUGUUACAAAGAAGAGAGUGGAAGUGAUGAGCACAGUGUUUCGGAGUUUGAGGUUUCAGAGGAGGAGAGUGGUCUCUCUGAUGAGGAUUUUGAAACUGUCUCUAAAAGGCAGAGGAGGUCACUGGGCUCCCAGAAGUCAAAGAUGACAGCUGUAAAAAGCCCCAAAACUGAGACUUCAGAAUCAAGGCCAUCCAAAAAUUCAGAUGGAGCUGAGCCUAGGCCAGCAAAAAGCACAGCUCCAGCCUUGCCUCAAGCACAGAAAAAGAGAAACAAAAUAAUUUCUAGUGAUGAGGAUGAUGGACAGCAGGAGGUAAGGAAAGGAAUGGGCACAGACCAGUGGCUGGAGGUUUUCCUUGAACGUGAGGACAAGUGGGUGUGUGUAGACUGUGUUCAUGGCAAUGUUGGCCAGCCCCAGGUGUGCUUCAGAUAUGCCACAAAGCCACUUUCCUACAUUGUGGGAUUUGACAAUGAUGGGAGUGUCAGGGACGUGACGCAAAGAUACGACCCAGUGUGGAUGACCGCAACAAGGAAGACUCGUGUGGACCCUGAGUGGUGGGAAGACACGCUGCAGCCAUAUAGAAGUCCCUGUGUGGAAAGAGACAAGAAGGAGGAGAAUGAGUUUCAAGUUAAGCUUCAAGAUCAACCUCUACCAACAGCAAUUGGAGAGUACAAAAACCACCCUCUUUACGCACUGAAGAGGCACCUCUUGAAAUACCAGGCGAUCUACCCUGAGUCAGCUGCUAUCCUAGGGUACUGCAGGGGAGAGGCUAUCUACUCCAGAGACUGCGUACACACGCUGCACUCCAAGGACACUUGGCUGAAGAAAGCUCGAGUGGUGAGGAUUGGAGAAGUGCCUUACAAGAUGGUGAAAGGAUUUUCUAACCAGGCGAGGAGGGCGCGCCUUGCAGAGCCUGCAAACCGGGAGAAAAAGGACCUGGCACUGUUUGGUCACUGGCAGACAGAGGAGUAUCAGCCGCCUAUAGCCGUGGAUGGAAAGGUUCCUCGGAAUGAAUAUGGAAAUGUCUAUCUCUUCCUGCCAUGCAUGCUACCCAUUGGCUGUGUGCAGCUGCGGCUCCCAAAUCUGAACAGAUUGGCGCGGAAGUUGGACAUUGACUGUGCUCAGGCCAUCACUGGAUUUGAUUUUCAUGGCGGCUACUCGCACCCAGUUACCGAUGGCUAUGUUGUCUGUGAGGAGUACAAAGAGGUCCUGACUGCUGCCUGGGAGAAUGAACAAGCAGAAAUAGAAAAGAAGGAGAAGGAGAAGCGUGAGAAAAGAGCUGUGGGGAAUUGGAAGCUGCUGACAAAAGGACUUCUCAUCAGAGAGAGACUGAAGCAACGCUACUCCAUCAAGACUGAGCCAUCAGCACCUGCGACAGAGAAAGGAGCUGGAUUCUCUUCUGAUGAAGAAGGAGGCCCGAGUUCAGAGACUGCAGUAGGGAACGUGGCCGUUUCUUGGCCCCAAAAUCGCCAGUUAGAGAAAAAAAAAGAAGAGAAGACAACCAGAAAGAGCAAGCGAGAAAAGAAAGGAGAAGCAGCACAGUUGUUCCCUUUUGAGAAACUGUGAUCAGAACAAGCGUUUCUUUGCCAUUUCCAGAUGCAAGAACAACAGUCGCAACAGAAGUAUCCGUUGACGGUUAAGGAC